GCCUCACACACGUUGUUGUUGAGCACCGUGAGACCCCCACUCACCCACCCCUUCCAGCCUGACACCGUCUCUCCGCGAUCGUGCGCUCCCUCGCCUCAGCUGCUCUUCACCGGUCUCGGGGUUUGGAGGGUCUCCCCACUCAACCUUGUGUGUCCGUGGAAAGUCCUCCCGUCUCUCCGCUCCUCUCUCUGCCCCCAGGUUUUUUUUUCUGGUAACAGGGAGGUGUUAACUACUUUGCUUCCCCUGAAGCGCCGGUCGUCAUCGCCGGUGCCGUCGCGCGUGACUCACAGGCGCCGCCGCUGCGACUUCCAUCGCGCACAAAAAAGUUUGGGGUUUGUUGUGACGGAUACAAUUCAGAAGCCGGGAUCCGUUUCCAGCAAGACCAAGGAUGGGGAAUCAGCUUUGACAACCUUUAGAUGUUCAACGUUUCACGGCACUUUGGCUUCUGUGGCAUCUCGGAAAAACGACUGGAGGGAGGCUUCACCACGUUGGACUUAAGCUGACCUGAAGAUCAUUGAGCCAAGAUCUUGGACUUUAAACAAAGGGGUGCUUUGCUGACCAUUUAAAAGCUUAACUAAUUCCUAUGCUCAAUACAGAAUGAACUAAACAGCAAUUUCACAUGAUUUAAUAGGAGCUUUGGCAGCUGUAUCUAGGGUUGGAGGAAAAGAGAACAUUUACUUGCUCUAAAGCAGGAAAGGACUUGAGUCGUCUUGGCUAGGAGGAUUCACCUCCACGUCUUUCUCCACAAGUUCCUUAACUCCACAAACUGACCAUGGACCUCCACAGAGCAGCGUUCAAGAUGGAGAGUUCCUCUUACCUUCCCAACCCCCUUGCUUCCCCAGCGCUGAUGGUUCUGGCCUCCACUGCGGAAGCUUCACGAGAUGCUUCCAUCCCCUGCCAGCAACCUCGUCCCUUUGGCGUCCCAGUGUCCGUUGAAAAGGAUGUCCACUUGCCUUUCAACAAUGGCUCGUACACCUUUGCUUCAAUGUACCACCGCCAAGGUGCCGUCCCACCUGGAUUCCCCAACAGAGACUUUCCUCCAUCGCUUCUUCACCUUCAUCAUCAGUUUGCUCCACCAAACCUGGACUGCUCACCAAUCAGCAUGCUGAACCACAGCGGUGUUGGUGCUUUCAGGCCGUUUGCCUCACCUCCUGAGGACCGGGACGGGGCACCCGGCGGGUACCAGUCAGCUUUUACCCCGGCCAAGCGCCUCAAAGGCUGCCUCGACGCCGAGGCCUCACCGCACCUGCGUUACACUGAUGCUGACGGGAAAGAGUACGACUUUGGCGGCACGCAGAUUCCUCCAGGUGGCUCACCUAGCAGCGCCUUGAAGGCAGUUGAGGACAGCGGGAAAAAGAUAUUCGCUGUGUCGGGACUCCUGUCUGAUCGCGAAACCUCCUCUAGCCCAGAAGACCGCAUUGAACGCUGUAAAAAGAAGAUGUCGCUGUACGACAGCCAGGCUCCAAUCUGUCCCAUCUGUCAGGUCCUGCUCCGACCUGGAGAACUCCAGGAGCACAUGGAGACAGAGAUCGAGAGGCUAGCUGCCAUUUGCCUCAGCAAGAACCCACCACCCAAGGAUGGAGCAGCAACUCCAGGAACUCCAAAGUCAAUGCUGCUGUCAGUGCACAUCAAGCGUGAAGGAGAGUCACCGGUGGUCUCGCCGCUGUCGUCCGAUGACGCCCACCACUCCGACAGAUACCAGACGUUUUUACGGGUUCGAGCCAACAGGCAAACACGAUUGAAUGCUCCUUCAUACCCAGCCCGUAUUGGCAAGAUGAAGAGGAGGAAGCCUGAAGACGGGGGCCAGGUAUGUCCGCUGUGCAGUGCCCCUUUGGCUGGGAGCGAGGAGGAGAUGAGUAGGCAUGUGGAACAAUGCCUGAUCCAGCGGGAGGGUGCGCUGGCCGACGAUGACUCGGCGGAUGUGGAUGCAGAGAAUGGCCGCGGCUUCGAUGAGUAUGAGUGGGCGGGGCAGAAGCGGAUCCGAGCUACAGCGUUGCUGGAGGGAGGCUUCCGAGGAAGUGGUUUUGCCACGUGUAGUAUCAAAGAAAGCGCAGCCGACAGCGAUGCCGACCUCGACGUAGAUGGUGACGACACCCUGGAGUAUGGCAAAGCCCAGUACACUGAAGCUGAUAUCAUCCCGUGCUCUGGAGCCGGAGAGGACCAGGGAGAAGCCCGGGAGAGGGAGGCACUACGGGGAGCUGUGCUCAAUGGGGGCAUGCCUUCGAACAGAAUAACGUCGGAGUUCUCCAAGUGGGCCAGUGAUGAGAUGCCUUCAACGAGUAACGGCGAGUGUGCCAAGACGGAUCCUAGCACUCCAUCAUCGUCCACUUCCUCCUCUUCCUCCUCCACCUCCUCCUCGUCCUCUGUGCCACGCACAUGUAAAAACAGUGAGAUCGAAAAAGUAACAGAAGAAGAGUCCACAGCCACGACCAUGGAGGCGUUGAAGGCUCGAAUCCGAGAGCUUGAGAAACAGAUAUUGAGAGGCGACCGAUACAAGUGUCUCAUCUGCAUGAGGAAGCCUGCUAUCCAGUCAGGUGCGGAGAUCAAGAGGCUGGGGGCGUGGCCAGGCCCUCGCGCCCUGGCAAAUGAGGCCGGAGAGAGACAGGCUAAGUCCCUCCCCCUAGGCCUGUAUUGCCUGUACAGGGGCCUGGUGAUGGGUGGCUACGGCGGCAGCAUAAAGAGGCUCUUCCCGCAGCCCUUACGGAGGGACUCGUACACGAUGCCUCUCACGUCCAUACAGUGCUGGCACGUCCACUGUGAAGAAUGCUGGCUCAGGACUUUGGGGAAUAAGAAGCUGUGUCCGCAGUGCAACACCAUCACGUCACCCGGAGACCUGAGGCGUGUCUACUUGUAAAAAGCCCCCUCUGCUCCCCGAUUCCUCCUCGCCUUCUACUCCAUCAGUCAAUCAUCGUCAUGCACAGAGACUCACGGACUCCUGCGAAGACGGAAGCCAGCAUGAAGUGACGACUGCACCCUCCAUCUUCACCUCCUCCGCUGCUGACCGCGCCCCUCUCCCUGCUACGACACGAACACUUGUAACACCGGGUGUCACCCGCUUUCCUGGACCUUUGAGGGAAAACUUGUGAAUCACCACCAGCUCUUCUCUGACACAAACACGAGCUGGCCAAUAAAAACUGAGCUUCACUACCAAAAUGGAAACCUGGAACAGGAGUUUUCCUCCACCUCCUCCGUCUCCCCCUUUUUUUCGUGGUGUUCUAGUGAAGUAAACCAAAUUCUCCCCCUUCAAAAGCAGUGCAAGCACAUGUAAUAUAGCUCUAUGUUUACAAAGUUAAGUGUAAAUGACACACCCUGGCAUACACACAAGUAUAUAAUAGCCAAGUCCUGUUUUUAGUUGGAAGGGUUGUUGAGUUAAAAAAUGGCUGAAAUAAUAGAAGCCUCCUGUAUUUUUGACAAAAAAGAACAUUUGUUUGGGAUUCUCUGUACAGAAAUAAAAAGAAAAUGUAGAAAAGAACCUACUGGAAAUUAGACGGUCAAGUUUUAGGUGUCAUUUGUUUUUCAGCUGAGGAUCUUUUCUGAUGGUGAAACUGUUGCCCCCCAUCACGUUUCUUCUUCAUCUUUGAAUCACCCUCAAGACGCGUUCAGUUCCGACCCCUUUGGUUUUACUCACACUGCUGUGUCGGGGGGAAAAUGAAAGUGGGACCUCCGACCGAGGCGAGAAGUGGUGGGGUCAUUCAAGCCAGUCCUAAUAAAAAAAAAAAAAAAAAGUCAAGCCCCUCCCUCGACAGCAGCGGCCAAGGUGGUGGUGUGCUUUGUGUUUGUAAAACUAUGUACUAUGUGAUGUCUGUAUUGUAAGAAUUGCCGAAAACAAGAAAUGACAAAAAAAAUAAACUGAUCAAAUCUC